AUGCCCAAGUCUCUCAGAACAACUGUUUUUAAAGACCCUGAGCUGUCAAAAUAUUUCAGUCAUGAAAAUCCAACGACUGUAUUUACUGACUUUCGCCAAAUUGGUUGCGGCAGCUUUGGAGCAGUUUACUAUGCUCGGAAUCGUACAACAAGUGAAGUCGUAGCUAUCAAAGAACUAAAGGUUGACACUAAACGUAAAAAGUCAGAAGAAGAGUGGAAUGACAUCGUUAGAGAGAUAAAAUUUCUUUCCCACCUUGCACACAAAAACUGUGUAUUGCCUAAAGGAUGCUUCAUGAAAGAGCAAACUCCAUGGUUAGUCAUGGAAUACUGCAUUGGCUCAGUCGCAGAUGUUUUGGAAGUACACAAAAAACCACUUCGAGAAGAUGAAAUCGCCUGUAUCGUUCAGGAAGUACUAACUGGUCUUGACUACUUGCAUUCUGAGAAAAGAAUUCAUCGAGACAUCAAAGCAGCUAAUAUUCUACUUACAGACUCUGGCGGCGUAAAGAUUGGUGAUUUCGGAUCAGCUAGUUUUGUGAGUCCGGCCAAUAGUUUCGUGGGAACACCAUUUUGGAUUGCUCCUGAAGUCAUUUUAGCUAUGGAACAAGGCAUAUAUGACGUACGAGUGGACGUUUGGUCUUUAGGAAUUACUUGUAUUGAAAUGGCUGAGUUGGAACCUCCUUACUUCAGCGCUACCAACCCAAUGGCUGCACUAUAUCAAAUUGCUUCAAACGAUGCCCCACGACUGGUGGGAGGUAAUUGGUCCGAUGAAUUUCGGGAUUUUGUACGCUUCGUUCUCCAAAAAGAUAUGAAUGAAAGACCGUUUUGUUCUCAAGCCAUGACACACCCCUUCUUGGCUAGUGUGUUUCGUUUCUCCCAUAUUCUUCCAGAGUUAAUUCAGCGAACCAAAGCAGCUGUAGCUGCCCAAGAAAAUCAAAUUAGUCAAAAAUGGAAAAAAAUUCUCUAUGAAAGUGAUUUAAAUCACUCUCCAUCCUCGGUCGUACCUAACAACAGUGAGGAGAGCCCAACGUCGAGGAAAACUGGGUUUGUAUAUGAUGAUUCUAAUGCAGACCUAGAGGCUUCUGCAAGAAAUUCCUACAAAGCAAAUCUCGUCUCUGGAAUAUUAAGGCAGUCUCACGAAGGAUCAAACAUUGGUGGAUCUGAGCGCAGUUUGCGAAGGCACGAUUUACGGAAGGCAUCUCUUCAAACUCAGCAGCGUGAUUCUAACAAAUGUAUUGAUGAGGAAACCAGUCAUGACAGUAGUUCGAUAAACGAUGAUGUCGAAUAUCUUGUAGGUGAUAGUUGUUCGAACAGCGUGGGUAGCGCUAGCAGUGAUCUGUCUGAUAGCUGCAAUAGUCCUGGUCAGAGACAUGUGUAUAUACCCCCCAAACACUCUGUAUCUGGAAUUUCAAAUGAAAACUCACCGUCUCGUACAUUCGAUCCGGAUAGUGGACAUGGUGGUUCAUUCGAUUUUAAUGGAACACAACCUUCACCUUUGCCUAAUCGAUCGAGCUCACACAGACUAAGCGAAGGGGAUUCUAGUAUAACUCAACAUCCUCAAAAUCCGCGUCUUGUCCAAAUCAACAGUCAUUUAUACGCUAAUAUGGAGUCCAGUACCGACAAUCAUGUGUAUCAUUCAAUCUUAGUUGAUUCUAACAGUCAAUUGGGGCACCGCGGCACAAUCUCCGAAACUGUGGUUUCUUCUGUUACCCCGACAAAGACAGAUUUAAUUAAAGGAGAAACUGAAAGCUUCAGUCGCUUCUCAACUACUUCUCAUAAUGAUUCGGGUAUGAUCACUGAAACCUCCCGUAUAGCUUCUGUUGAAAUAAACUCUCCAGCGGACACGUCAACUUCUGUUGGUCAUUUUGCAACACUAAAAACUACCCAGAUGAUGAGAGGUCUGUCUUUAGAACCAGAUGCUUCAAAUUCAGCUGCUGCUGUUGCUCUUGGCUUCACGCAACAGGGUUAUGGGAGAGGGAUGGCUAACUGGCGUGAUCAAAUGAAUGAACUUAAACGACUUCGAAAUCAACAUAAUAAACACCUAAAACAAGUUGAGGAUAAAAAUAAGGUUGAGGAGGAAUCACUCAAAUCACGACUGAAUCGUGACUAUGAAGCAACAAAGUUAGCAAUGAGAAAAGAGUUCAUGAGAUUAGAAGAAAUCCAUGCCGCUGAAAUAGAAAAAGAGCGCAAAAGAGCGAUGUCAGUUGAAUCAAAAUUAGCACGUCAACUUGAAACUGAAACGAAAAGUGAACUAAAGUCGGCCAAAAAAUCUCCAUUUGGAUCUUUUAGUUCACAUGACUCUGAUUCCAGCGGACAUUCCAACCCAUUAGAGGCUAUUCGGAAGCGACGGCAUGAUGUGUCGACAUUGGAAACGCGUAAGACAAAGCGUCUUCUCCUCACACAAUUACAGGAUAUCGAGAUGGAACAAUUACGACAAUAUAUACGCCUACAACAGAAGGCAGCUGAAGAGAUUACUUCGUUGUUACUCAGACAGCACACAGAACUCGAAAAUUUAGAAAUUAACCAGUUAAAACGGAUUCAAGACCUACGCAUUAAUCAGCUUCAAAGUCAACAUGAAGCCGAAAUGGAAAAUUUGCAUCAAUAUUUUAAGCGCAUUGAGGUUGGAUUACAAAAGAGACAUUGUGAAGAAACAAAGAAUCUACCAAAAUAUCUGAAGCAAAAAGAAUUACAAAUUCGUAAACAGUUUCGUGAUGCUGCUCGGAUUCAGAAAAAGCAAUUCAAACUUUUACGUGAAGACCGUUUAAAGGCUGCACGUCGAACUUCAGAGUUAGGAUCCUCUCCUUUUUCAGGAGCGUCAGAAUCCUGCCCUUCGUCUGGAUUAAUGUCAUCAAAUCCUAAUAAUUGUUCAGAUUCCGUUGAUCUUCAAGGUCAAUUUGUUAUACAUCUACAAGAUGAACGCCAGAUUUUGGAAAAUCUUAAAUUGGAGGAGAAACGUAAACAGGCUGAUUUAGAGGCACAGUACAAUAAAAGUAUUAGUGAACUACAUGAGCGUCAAAAUGAUAAAGUUGAAACAACACAUGCUCGCGAGAAUAAAGAAUUUAAAGAAAGUCGUUUAGAAGGAGUCAAAAUUCUUUCUAAUUUUCAAGAGAAACAACGGCGUGAUAUGCUCAAACAGCAUCAACGCCAAAGAGAGGAUUUAGAGAAUAGAAUUCGUGCCCGGAAAGAAUCACUGGAAGCUGCGAUGAAAAAAAAUGCUGAGUCAACCAAGGAGGAGUCUCGAAGAAAGACAAGGCGUCUGAUGGAACGCCACGCCGAAGCUCUGCGCGCCUUCGACAUCGAAACUGCCAACCUCGGAAUCGACAAUGCUGCUGUUAUUGGUGCAUCUGCGAGGAUUUCUGGAUCAUCAGGAGUCUCCGGCGGAUCUUCGAGUAGCAUCGUGGCUUCGGCACCUGUAUAUUAA